AUGACAUCCACCUGCCCCAACAACACGCGCGAGACCAACAGCAGCCAGCCGUGCGUGCCCCUCUCCAAGAUGCCAAUCAGCGUGGCUCACGGUAUCAUUCGCGCGAGCGUGCUGCUCAUCUUCCUAGCUGUCUCCUUCGUUGGCAACAUAGUGCUGGCGCUGGUGUUGCAGCGCAAGCCGCAGUUGCUGCAGGUGACCAACCGCUUCAUCUUUAACCUCCUCGUCACCGACCUGCUGCAGAUUUCUCUCGUGGCUCCCUGGGUAGUGGCCACCUCGAUGCCUCUCUUCUGGCCCCUCAAUAGCCACUUCUGCACCGCCCUGGUUAGCCUCACCCACCUGUUUGCCUUUGCCAGUGUCAACACCAUUGUAGUGGUGUCCAUAGAUCGGUACCUGUCCAUCAUUCACCCUCUCUCUUACCCAUCCAAGAUGACCCAGCGCCGUGGUUACGUUCUCCUCUAUGGCACGUGGAUCGUGGCCAUCUUGCAGAGCACACCCCCACUCUAUGGCUGGGGCCAGGUUACCUUUGAUGAGCGCAAUGCCCUCUGCUCCAUGAUCUGGGGAUCUAGCCCCAGCUACACCAUUGUCAGUGUGGUCUCCUUUCUUGUCGUUCCCCUGAUUGUCAUGAUUGCCUGCUACUCUGUGGUGUUUGGUGCAGCCCGGCGACAGCAUGCCUUGCUGUAUAACGUUAAGAGCCACCGAUUGGGGGUGCGGGUCAAGGACUGUGUGAAGAAUGAGAAUGAAAGGGAAGGAGAGAAGGAUGAGUUCCAGGAUGAGAAUGAGCUCUGUGGGCAGGGUGAAGGGGAAGGCAAGGCUAAGGAAAGCAGCAGCGUGGAGGUGGAGAUGGGUGUCACAGAGGCCAAGGUCAACGGCCUGAAGAGCAAAGUGGAGAGCAUGGAAAUCAGUGAGGGGAUGGUGGACCCCAAGGGCAGCAAAGAGGUCAGUGAUGGGAGCGUGGAUGGGGAAUGCGGAAUCGAAGUGGAGAGCUGCAUGAAGGCACAGGAGGGCCAGACGGAGGUCCAUCAGUGCAACAUUGACUUGGGGGAUAUUGACAUGGACUUUGAUGAGGAUGAGGUCCAUUUCAAUGCAGAUGAUGUGGAAGCAGUGCACAUUCCGGAGAGUCUGCCAGCCAGUCGCCGAAACAGCAACAGUGACCCUCCGCUGCCCCGGUGCUACGAGUGCAAAGCUGCCAAAGUGAUCUUUCUCAUCAUUUUCUCCUACGUGCUAUCUCUGGGGCCCUACUGCUUUCUAGCAGUCCUGGCCGUAUGGGUGGAUAUCCAGGCCACAGUACCCCAGUGGGUGAUUACUAUAAUAAUCUGGCUCUUUUUCCUGCAGUGCUGCAUCCACCCCUAUAUCUAUGGCUACAUGCACAAGACAAUCAAGAAGGAGAUCCAGGAUAUGCUGAAGAAGUUCUUCUGCAAGAAAAAGCCCCCCAAAGAAGACAGCCACCCUGAGCUCCCUGGAAGUGAAGCUGGCACCGAGCGUGGUACCGAAGGCAAGGUUGUUCCCUCCCGUGAUUCUGCUACUUCCCCUUAA